CUGUCUCGUGUUAUUAUGUCUUUAUCCUUCUCACCGCUCUACAUGUUCAGACACAAUAUAUUUUCACAGCUAGAAGAAUAACAAUUCUGUUGACAUUUUCGGUGCGGUUGGCUAUCGUUUGGGAUUUGAGGAAGUGCAGUAACGUUACAUUUCCCCAUAAGGUAUAUCUAAAGGUAGCAGUCUUCACGUCAGGUAAAACUCACUUAAAUCAAUAGUCCUGCUUCAUUUCUCCCAGUAGCUCUUAAGUUACCUUGCGCUAACUUCUAUGGUUGAGUUUGGGUUAUAGCUGAACUGACAACGUAACAUCAAUUUAUCAAUCAGUAUUUGGAAAUAAAACUAUUUAGCAGCCACUAUGAUUUAUCGUUUGAAGAAGCUUAUUUCAUCACCUUAAACGGAAUUGCUAAUAUUAUCUCUCUUGUCUCUUUGUGUGCCUGUGUUAGGUUUCAUAUAUUAAUGCAGCAAUGUGAUAACAAUCAUUAAUUAUCAGAAAUUGGGCAGCUGUUGAUUAGACAUUUUUAAUAUGUGGAAAUAAUCAGAAUGUCCUUGAUUGAGAUGAGACAUCUUCAAAUGAAUUGAUUUGUGUAAUUAACCAUAUAUUAAUAUAUAUAUAAUCAAAUUAAAAAGACCAAAGAAACCAGCUAAUCGCCACAAAAAAAGCUGAAAAACGUAUAUUUGGUAUUUUUGUUUGAGAAAUAACUGAUAAUUUGAUGUGAUUUCAUUGUCAAAAAUAUUUUGAAAAAUUAAUUCAAUUGGCACAAAAACAACUUUUUAUUUGUUAUUUGUGUCCUCCUAAAUUAGUGGAAACUUUUAAGAUCGACACAAUCUGCUUGCUCUUGAUCUUCAAAACCCUCAGAAGUUGGUAUCUGCUGUGUGUCUUUGUGGUGCAGUAUCCACAAAGUCAGUAGAUGGCAGAAUAGCACUUCCUCGCUGCAGUCAGUAUUUUUGGAUCAGCCAAAGCGGGGUAAAGUUUACGACCGUGUUGUCUGACCUCGGUUUGUGUAAAGCAUUUUGGUAACUGCAGUGAUUUCACCUCUAUGUGUGAAGGAAAAUGAAUCUGGAAACCGCUGAGGAGAAUCCAGGACACAAGGAGAGCAGGUUUUAUCAGUGUUUUCCUUUGCUUUCUUCAAGGCUCCUGGUCUCUCCUCGCUGAUGGGUGUGGACAGAGACUUCUCUCGUCCCUCUGAAAGACGACUAGACAUUCUGAAGCCAAGACUCAAAAACAAUCAGCAUGGACCCGUCCGACCAGAAGCACUUCACAGCCGUGGACUAUGUGAUAUUUGCGGUCUUGCUUGCUGCCUCUAUGGGCAUCGGGCUGUACCACGCUCUCUCAGGCGGGCGCCAGCGCACCACGCAGGAGUUCUUGAUGGCGGACAGGAGCAUGAGCUGUCUCCCCGUUUCGCUGUCACUCAUCGCCUCAUUCCAGUCGGCUGUGGCCAUUAUCGGCGUGCCGGCAGAAAUCUAUACUCAUGGUACUCAGUACUGGUUCAUCGGCUGUGCCUACUUUCUCGGCCUCCUCAUUCCUGCCCACGUUUUCAUUCCUGUGUUGUACAAACUGCGGCUCUCCAGUACCUACGAGUAUCUUGAAUUGCGCUUCAGCAAAGCAGUGCGUAUCUGUGGAACUUUGACCUUCAUCUUUCAGACAGUUGUCUACAUGGGAGUUUGUGUGUACACUCCUGCCUUUGCACUAAAUGCAGUUACUGGAUUUGAGCUAUGGGGGGCAGUGCUGGCUACUGGACUAGCGUGCACGUUGUACACAACAAUGGGCGGUUUGAAGGCUGUCAUCUGGACAGACGUCUUUCAGACUGCUGUGAUGUUUGCAGGGCAGCUGGCUGUCAUCGUGGUGGGAGUGAAUCAGACCGGAGGAGCGUCUGAAGUCUGGAGGAAAGUCUGGGAGGGAAACCGCAUCUCUGCUCUCAACCUAAACCCAGAUCCUACGGAGAGACACACCUUCUGGACUCUGGGCGUUGGCGGCGUCUUCCUCAUGCUGUCCCUGUAUGGAGUCAACCAGGCUCAGGUCCAACGAUAUCUCAGCGCCCGCACAGAGAAAGAGGCUGUCAGGUCUUGCUACAUGGCGUUUCCCUCCCUGCAGUUGUCUCUGGCUCUGAGCUGUGUGAUGGGACUGGUCAUGUUUGCACGUUACUGUGGAGAGGAUCACUCGGCCAUGCUGCCCACGUCUUCAAAUCAGAUGAACCUCACCUCCGAUGCGAUGGUGAUAUACUUUGUGAUGGAUAUGCUGGAGGGUUUUCCUGGUCUACCUGGACUCUUUGUUGCCUGCUUGUUCAGUGCAGCUCUCAGCACCAUCUCUUCUGCUUUUAACUCCUUGGCCACUGUGACUAUGGAAGAUCUCGUCAAACCUCAUGUCCCCGCCAUGACCGAAGCAAGAGCCACCCUGGUGUCCAAAGCCUUAGCUAUGUCCUACGGGCUGCUGUGUCUGGCUAUGGCCUAUCUCACUCACCUAAUGGACGUUUCCGUUCUCAAUGUGGCUUUGAAGCUCUUCGGUAUGGUCGGCGGUCCUGUCCUUGGUCUGUUUUGUCUCGGGAUGUUCUUCCCGUGGGCCAACCCCACUGGAGCAAUGGCGGGUCUGGGAGCCGGUCUGGCUUUGUCUUUCUGGGUCGGCAUCGGGAGCAUCUUCAACCGGAGCUCCGGCGCGAGGCCGCUGUCAGCCGGCUGCAGAGCCGCGCUGCUGUCGGACAACAGCACGUCCGCCGUCCACACUGCACUCGACAAUCUCACUCUCAGCAAACCGUCUGGGCUGAACAGAUUUUAUUCGUUGUCCUACAUGUGGUACAGUGCUUUCAGCUGCUUCGCAGUCAUUCUGAUCGGCCUGAUCAUCAGCUUCCUCACAGGCCCUAUGAAAGAAGAGGAUGUGACACCAGGGACAAUCUAUCCUGUGUUUGGGAAACUGCUCUGUUUCCUACCUGAACACCUCAAAAAGAAGCUCUGCUGCGUGACUCCUCGAGGACCGACGCUCUCAGCGCCACGAUGUAAAGAGGGCAAUGGACUGGUCUUAGCACAAGAGGACGGGACAUCACACGAAGAGCUGGACAGGUUUCUUCCUGAAGUUCAAGCAGCUUUUGUGGAGCACGAAACGACUGUGUGACAUCACAGUUUAACAUUGCGCGGGUUGAAAAGAAACCUUUUCUAUUUCUCACUUUUAUGCCUUUUUCUUUGUGAUGAGAAAAAAAGAAGUGAAUUUGCACUCUCAAAUGCUGCACUAAAGUCAAAGCUAAAACUGUCUAGUCAAUAAAGGAGUAGUUAUAAUGUUACAGAUGCAGUUUAUAUGCAGUUUUUAUAAGGUGUACGGUCAUUAACUUACAAUCUCUUCUCCUUGUGUGUGUGUGUACAUGUAAAAAAAAAGAAGAACACUAUAUCAGAAAUGUUUAAGUUCUGUUACUUUUUUUUAUACCAGUAUUGAUUUUGUUCUUGACAAAUAUUUAAGGCAACUGCAGCUGUAUAAAUGGUGCAGGGUGAGAAGACUCAAUUGUUAACAAUGUAUGAGUAAAUUUUAUCUGUAUUGCAUCAAACACUGGAAAGGAUUAAAGACUUUGUAAUCAUC